GAUGGCUUCUUCUUCUAGCGUACCCCUUCUGGCCGGAGGGCUGACAAACACACAGGUGUCAGACUUGCAGCUGUCUGGAGAUUAUUCUAUUAAAUCUGAAGCGGUGACUCCCAAGCUGGAUACUUCUCAAUGGCCUCUUUUAUUGAAAAAUUACGACAAGCUUCUCAUCCGUUCCUCUCACUUCACCCCCAUCCCAACCGGCGUCUCUCCUCUCAAACGUGAUCUUCAAACCUACAUAAAAUCCGGUGUUAUGAACCUCGACAAACCCUCCAACCCUUCGUCUCACGAAGUGGUCGCUUGGCUCAAACGUAUUCUUCGAGUAGAAAAAACCGGUCAUUCCGGUACACUUGAUCCUAAAGUAACUGGAUGUUUGAUAGUCUGUAUCGAUCGAGCUACCCGAUUGGUAAAAUCUCAACAAGGUGCUGGGAAAGAAUACGUUUGUGUGGUCCGGUUUCACGAUACUUUAACUGAUCCUAAAGCUCUUCCUAGAGCGUUAGAGACGUUGACUGGAGCAUUAUUCCAACGUCCUCCUUUGAUUUCUGCCGUCAAAAGACAGUUACGGGUGAGGACGAUUUACGAAAGCAAAUUGAUCGAACAUGAUGCUGAAAGAAACUUGGCGGUAUUCUGGGUUAGUUGUGAAGCUGGAACAUAUAUUCGUACGCUGUGCGUUCAUUUGGGAUUAUUGUUAGGUGUUGGAGCACAUAUGCAGGAAUUGCGUAGAGUCAGAAGUGGAAUAACAGGGGAGAAUGAUGAUAUCGUCACUAUGCACGAUGUGUUGGAUGCACAGUGGUUAUAUGAUAAUACUCGGGAUGAAUCUUACCUCCGCCGAGUCAUCCGACCACUCGAAUCCCUCCUCACCAACUUUAAAAGGAUCGUCGUGAAAGAUUCCGCUGUCAACGCCGUAUGUUACGGUGCUAAACUUAUGAUCCCCGGUUUAUUACGAUACGAAGCCGAUAUAGAAGUUCACGAAGAAGUAGUCCUCAUGACUACUAAAGGUGAAGCUAUCGCCAUUGGUAUAGCCAUGAUGUCUACUGUCGAUCUAGCUUCGUGUGAUCAUGGUGUGGUAGCGAAGGUGAAAAGAUGUAUAAUGAAUCGAGAUUUGUAUCCUCGUCGAUGGGGUUUGGGACCUAAAGCAUUGGAGAAGAAGAAAAUGGUUCAGAAAGGAGAAUUGGAUAAAUAUGGGAAGACCAUAGACGGUGUGACUCCUGAUGGUUGGAAAAAGGAAUAUGUGGAUUAUUCUUCUGGUCAAGUUCAAGAAGGUGGACUUGUUCCUACGCAACCGGAGACGGUCGUGCCGGUGGUAGAAGGACAGGGAGAGGAAGGUAAGAGGAAAAGAGAAGAAGUUGGGGAUGUCACGAUGGAGGAAGAGGGCGACAAGAAGAAGAAAAAGAAAAAGGUCAAGACGGAAGAUGGGGCGGAGAGGGCGGAAACAGCAGAAGAACGAGCUGCGAGAAAGGCAGAAAAAGCAGCGAAGAAGGCAAAGAAAGCUGCAGAGAGUUCAUAAUGUAUGUAUAGCAUGCUUCGGUUC